GGUGCUUAGGUGCAGCCAGUGCAGUGAGAGAGAGGGGACAUUGCAAGUCAGGCUGGCAAUGAAGGGACAUCUCUCCACUUUAGUGCUGUGGCUUCUUCUUCUCACAGUUCAGGACGUAGCAGGUGCUGAGGAGCUGAGGCUGGCAGAUGGAGGCAGCCCCUGUGCCGGGAGAGUGGAGGUUAAACACCAGGAUCAGUGGGGAACAGUGUGUGAUGAUGAAUGGGACAUGAAAGAUGCUGGAGUUGUUUCUAAGCAGUUGGGAUCUGGCUCUGCUGUCAGUGCCUCUGGCCUGGCUCAUUUUGGAGCAGGAUCUGGACCAAUUUGGCUGGAUGAAGUUGCCUGUGAUGGUACCGAGUCUGCUCUCUGGCACUGCGGGAAUGAGGGAUGGCAUCAGAGUGACUGCGUUCAUGGAGAGGAUGCUGGAGUGACCUGUUCAG